CGCCAAUUACCAUGACGCUCUGCGCCUGGGUGUUGCUCGUCAAUUUGAAAUCGUUUUCGGUUAUAUCGCUUUGGCGUAUGAUCACGCGGUGUGCUUGCUUGACGUGUUUCAGUGUGAUUUCUUCGAGUUAAUUAGGAUAGUAGUUAACGCUACUCAAUGCCGAAUUUUAAACAACAAUACAAAAAUCCGCGCCUUGGAUUCGGAGACGCGGAGGAAAGCCGGAAUUUGCGUGCCUACAACCACGAUCUAUCACGUAGGCACACCAGAACGGUAGCCUUUAACAAGAAUCGGAAGCUGGAAGAUGUUUCCUCACUAUCUAACAUUUCUCCUGGUAAGCGUACAAAGAAAUUGGUACAAGAUGUAAUCAAUACCAAAGAUGAACGUCAAAAGAAAUUGAUGAAAUGGAAAGAAGAGCGUGAGAGAAAGAAGAAAUUAGAAGCUCGUAAUAAAAAACCUCCAUUUAAAGUUGGUAUUGUUCACCAUUCUACAUGUUCUCCUGUAAUUAGAAGUAACACUAUUACUGCCACAGCUGCAAAAUCAUUGAAGCAACCAUCACAGUCAAAUACUGUGCAAAAACGAAUUACAAGAGCAACUGAAAAGCGAUUGCAACGUAAAAUAAAUUCUGACAAUAUAACUUCAACGUCAAAACAUACCACAAAUACCAAAAAAACGACUUCUAAUACACAGAGACAGCCAACAUCAUUUGCUCCAGUCAAUCAUGUAUUUAGACCUCCAUCAGGAUUGCAAAACAUGCCUUUAUUUGGUCUUGUAGCAAUUGAAGAAACCCCACAGGAAAAAGGAGAUUUCUUUACGCAAAGGAAAUCAAAAGACUCACUAAAAUUUGAUAAAAAGAAACAAGUAGCUGUAGGAGCAAAAAAAUUAAAACGUCCUUCUACAAAUACUAUAGAAGUACAUACUUCUACGUUUCCAUCAACUAAACAAAACUCAUCAAAGAAAGUGCAUGUACUGCGUACUUCUACUCCAGACACCUCAACUCUCUCUGUUAUAAAUACUAAAGAAGUAUUUACUUCCAUGCCUUCACCAAUUGAACAAACUUCAUCAAAAACAAUACACAUACCAAUUUCCACUCCAGAUAUCUCAGCUGAAUUAAACGAAAGUAUAACAACAAGGUUGUCAUUAAAAGAACAGACAACAAAAAACUCUUUGCAAGAAAAUACAAUUUUAUUAAACAAAAGUGAUAUAAAGACACCAUCAUUACAGAGGACUGCUUCAAUUAAUACAUCUUCUGAGAAAGAAAAUGAUGCGGAGAACCUCAUCAUAUUUUCACCAUAUAUCACACAGAGUCGUGGCAAGAAAAAUGCCAGAAAAGAACAACAGCAACGGCUGGGUAUUCAUAAAUCAUCACUUGGCAAAAUUCCAACAAAAGAUACUGUAAUGCAAGAUCUAAAUAUAUCUGUUGAAGAUGAGGAACGUACAGCCCAAUAUUUCAAACUUUUGUUAAAUAGAGAAGUAGAUAGACUUCAGGAUCUGUGUAUGAAAUGGUUGGCAAUUCAAGCAGAUGACAAUAUUCCAGAAGAUGUGGUGUAUGAAAUACAACAAGCAGUAGGACAAACAAAAUUGUUAAUAAGUAAAAAGUUUGAGAGAUUUCGUGGCUUAGUAAAAGAUUGUGAGGCUGGCAAAGGAGAAAUGUUAGUUACAUGCAGAGAUCUGCAAGGAUUUUGGGAUAUGACGUAUAUGGAAGUCAAAGACUGCGACUCACGAUUCGAAAAACUUGAACAGCGUCAGAACAGAGGAUGGCAAGAGGAGGAACACACUGUCGCCAAAGUUGCUGUCAAGAAACGAAAGCCUACUAAAAAACAGGGUGUAUCAUCGAAGCCAAGUGCGUUAAGAUCAAUGAUCUUAGCUGCCAGAAAGAAGAAAAUAGAAGCAGGAACAUUAAAUAAAGAAGACCAGAUGCUGCAAGAUAGAAAUUUGAAUGCGGAAUAUGUCACUCCUUCGCAAAGUAACAGAAAGUCGGUAAUAUUUACAAAAGAUACUAAUUCCGAACAUAGCAGAAGGUGUAAAUCUCUGAAUUCGAAGGAAAAUAAAUCUACUCCUGGUCGACGUGCGAGUCUUAGGAAUUCAGUACAAAAAGUGCAAUUUUCUACCGCUUCUAAACUAACGAAGAGUCCAUUUGCACUUAUGAAAAUAAGUCAAAAGUUAAAAACGCCCGAAGUUCAGUUAGAUGACACAAUAACAUAUAUCAAUUCUGGUCAAACUCCGGGUAAGGGCAUAUUAAAGAAAUCUGAAGACUUAACUAAAGAUAUUCAUAUAAAAUCACUACAAAAAGUAAAUUUUGAUGUUCAAGUACAUUUAACUGAAGUUCCUAUUAAUGAGGAAACACAGACUAAAUUAGACUUAGCUGCUGCGCUCAGGAAAAUAGACGCGCUUAAUAUGGACGAAGUAUAUUCACGCAAAUCUGAUAUUGAAAGAAAGUUAAAUUUUGAAAGUGACUCCGAUGAUUCUGAAGGUUUAGAGACAUACAAGUUGAAAGCAGAAGCAGUCAAACCCAAUACACAGAAAUCACUUGAGGUUACGUCAGAUUCCAACAUGUGUCCGCUAAACGACACAACAUAUUUGUUAUCCGAUGAAAAACCAUUAUCAGAUGAUGAAAAAAGUACUCCAGAAGUAAGAGUACUUAGAAAUAGAACUGUUGUUACAGUUGAUACUCCCAAAAACAGAAGGAGUAAAUUGAUGAUUCCAAAAGUGGAAAAUAAAGAAGAGGACAGAAGUUCUAUAAAAGUAAAUAGAAAGAAGUUAAAAUCAUCAAUAAAAAUUGAAAAUCAUGAAACUCUAAAUAAGGAGAACAUAACAAAAGACGAGGACGUAACAGUGACAGAUAAUACCGAUAAGAGGAGAAAAUCGACUCGAAAAAGUGUCGCAUUUAAUGCUGAAGCGUGUUUAGUAUGUGCUGAAAAUAAACCAGUACUACCCGUGACUCCUCAUGUGAAACGUUACAGCAAGAGAUCUUCGAGCAAGCAUGCUUUUGAUAAAGACCUUAUAUCAUGGGAUACUCCAGAACUUCCUGGAAGAGUUAUGAGGUCUCACUCAAAAAAGAACUUGAGUUAAAAGUUUUUUUUUUAUCGUUACAAAAAUAUUUAUAAGUUGUACAAAAGUAUUUAUAUUUUAUAUGUUGUAUCUAUUACACAAUAAACAAGUCAUGUACAUACGGUUCAGAUUGAACAUUUUAUAUAUAAUGACAUAUAAAAUAAUUUCGCAAUGAAAAAAGUAAAGUAUGUAUUGCGUUAAAUAAUAGAAUUGAUUUCAUUAUUGUUUAAUGCUUGAUAAUACUUAUAUUAUAACGAGUAUGUUGGUAAUAAUGUUUAGUUUUAUAUUAUAUGGAUUUUGUUUUUUUAUGCAAGUUUAGGUGAAAAUAAUAAAUUUGUUGUCAUGUGCGACUUAUUGCAUACAAACUUGGCAAAAAACUAUCGUGCCUCUCGAUUGUAUGAUUAUUUCUUGACAAAAAUGAUAAAAUAUACUGAUAUUAUAUCAAGAAAA